AUGGUACGUGCGCUGUGGCCCGUCGUAUGCAUCCUGUGCUCCUGCCGUGGGCGAAUGGCCCAGGGCAGUGAGGAGAAUGCCACGCUUAUGGAGGAGGAGGAGACGCAGAUCAUGUCGGGUAUGGCCACUGCAUCUGGAAGUCACGAAGACGGAGCACCUGCUGCCGUCAUGGAGCCCGAUGAGAACGAGGCCUCCAACGACACGGAUCCUUUUGAGGAGCCAGAAGGGGCAACUUGGUAUUGGAGUGAAGGCCAGCCUGCCUGGUCACCCAACGUCGUGCCGCUCGAGGUGCUCCGAGAGCCGAGUCAGGCACUAUGCGGCCUCUUCCAGUCGCUCGAGAACACCGUCACCUGGUGCCCAAAUGAGCUUGAUGAUGCUGUGAUCAGGGUGGCCCUAUUCCUGCAAGGUAUGCUUCAUGAUGGUCUUCAACCUUUUCAGCUCAUGGCGGCCAUUGACGAGGCCCUGAACCAGCUCGGUGGCAAUCAAGCGUAUCAGGGGCUGUGCAGAAUGCUGGGUGACAAAGCAACGCAAGUUCUCCAGGAUUGGGGCUUCUUAAACCGGUAUUCAGGCCACACCAUGACUAUUGGAGAGGCACCGCUGGCAGACUUGGAGAUCGCCCUGCAAGCCUUCAGCAGUCACGAGGAGGCAAUCCGACAAGGGAAUCAAGCUGCUGGCCCAGGAUGUUCGGCGUCAGCCAGUAGCAAUGGGCCUUUGGAAAGAGUGGAGGCGGCGGUGGCCAGGAUCCGACAGCACCACAAUGCUCAACGGCAGCCACUGGCAACACCUCCUCGCGGGAUACCGCAUCAGAUACAGCAAGAUGGUGACGGCUCCAGUAGCGAGCAUGCGGAUGCGGAUUCAGGCCCCGUCAACUUGGUGGACAAAACCAUGCAAAUGACGAGACGCCUGGUGUCUCGUCACCGCAGCCCUGGAGACGGAGCAAUCGCUAUUUUCCACUGGGCCGCUGGGCAAGGCAACGGAGACUGCACUCGAAGCUGGGCUAACACUGGUGGUGCUCUGGUCACAAAUGCAACGGAGCUACCUGAAGCGUUGCAACUAUUGGAUACACACAUGUUACACAGAUGCCGACAGUUUGGCGGACGGUACAGGGAGUUGAUGCUGGCUCUGGUGCCGACGCUCCUGGACAAUAGUGCGGCGAACAAAGCAAGACGCGCCAUGAUGCUCCGACGCCUGGAAAGCCUGCAGAUACCAGACAGUGAUGCAGGUCACGGCCCUCUUCCAAGAACCACGCUCCCCACACUGCCUGUACUGCUGUACUGGAACUAG